CUGCGUGGCAUCCCCUCGCAGCAGCCCCUCUCACCGCACUCCACCUCAGCACCCCCCAGCACACCAUGCAGCUCUGGAACGCGAACGCGCGCCAGUGGCAGCAGUUCACGCCCACCCACGCGCCCGCCGGCAAGGCGCAGCCGCCGCCUCGGUCUUCGCUCGACCCGCACCAGCUGUGGGCCUUCAUGGGCGAGACGCUCUACUCUCUGGUGCCUGCCGCUGCUCCUGCGGGCGUCGGACCGAGCGAGGGCCUCUUCCUCCUGGUCCCGCACCAUGUAAGCGCUUGGGCGACCGCGGCGCCCAUGCUGGUGCACCUCGAGCCUCACGAGAUUCCCGUGCGCCUGUAGCUGCCUCGAGCGCUCGGACCUCGACAUGUCCAGGUCCGUCCCGCUUGCGCACUGAGCAGCGGGCAUUGCCCAGGUCGCCACCGCCGACCAGCAGCCCGCCGCUCCCGACCG